AUGGGAGAUUCUUCAAGACAAUCAAUAAAACACAGACAAAGCCGUGUUUCGAUUCGCUCCAUUCGUCAAUCACAAUCUGGUGGUGGAGACUUUGACAGUUGGUCACGACCAAAUCAACUUGUGCGUCCCGAUAAUCAAGUAGAUGUUCCAGAAAGUGAUCUCUUGGAAGAAAUUCCAAAAGUUUUAUCAACAGAAAACAAAACAUUGCCAACUAAUCUCGUAAUUUAUAGUUUCAAAGAUAGUUCAUACAUACCAACUUCCAGAAAUGUUAGUGUUCUUACAAUUUUUGAUUGCGAUGGAAAUUCAAUUCAUAUCGAAAGUGACGAAGCCAAGAAACAAAUUGCAAGAGAUGGUGGAUUUGAAGCUCUGACACGUAAAAAUCCAACACGAUCUCUUGAUACUGAAACAAUUCCACCCCCGCGUUCAAGAUUCGGUGCAAAUGUCGCUCAAUGGCAUAUCUACGAUUCAUAUCAGGAAGAUUUUGCACGUCAAACAAUUGAAAAUGAAAAGGAAAUGAUGAAAGAGAAGAAAAUUGGAUUACAAAAGCAAACAGAAUCUGAUAAAAUUGAAAAGAAAUUCGUAAGAAAAUUUUGUCAAAAAUAUUAUGAAGAUCCAAAUGAUGAGUCUCAUGAAGACAGUGCAACGUUGUUGCUUUUAUGGAAGUUUAUGUAUGAUAAGUGCAGGAAAAUGAAUGUGACUUACAUUUGCUUCAACACUUAUUACUUUGAUUUGUUUGCUGUUUGCUUCGGAUCGUACAAUUUCACGAAACAAAUGGAUGAAGGUUACGUUUGCUUCUUCUCAAUUAAAAAUCAAUCAUUUCCCGAAUAUCAGAUCAAAACAGAAUCGGGAGCGAUGUGUUGUGAUUCACAUAAAGAAUAUCCACAUUUACUUGCAAUCGGGACCUAUAAUGGCAACGUUUAUGUUCAUAAUCUGCAAGUUGGAACUAACGAACCGGUUUACGCUACAAAAUAUGGCAGUGGAAAGCAUUUGGAAGCGGUUUCUGCGAUUAAAUGGAGUGAAAAUUUGCAUGACGGAGAAUUAAACUUUUUCUCAUUAUCUUCCGACGGUUCCGUCUUAAAUUGGGUAUUGAUGGAAAAUAAAUUGACAUUAUCAGUUGUCAUAACUUUAUUCAUGGAAAUGUUACCAAUUUGUAAACCUACUCAAUCGGAAUAUAAAUUGAAAGCGAGUGGAACUUGCAUGACUUUUCAUCCAAAUAACAAAGAAGUCUUUCUAGUGGGAACUGAAGACGGGAUCAUCCUAAAAUGUAGCACCACCUACAAUUCAAAAUAUUUGAUGGUUUAUCAUGCGCAUUAUCUUGCAGUUCAUUCCAUCGAUAUAAACAAAUUUAAUUCAAAUAUUUUCUUGUCAUGCUCCGAUGAUAAUCGAGUUAAAAUUUGGGAAGAUAUGAGAAGUGAACCGUUGUUUUCCUUCGAUCUUGGUGCAAGCGUUGGUGAUGCUAAAUGGGCACCAUACUCAAGUACGGUCUUUUGUGCUGUUACUGCAAACGGACGAAUUCAUGUAUUCGAUUUAGAUGUUAAUAAAUUUAAAGCAAUAUGUUCGCAGCUAGCAGAGCCACGCAGCAGAAAUAAACUUACACGCAUUACGUUCAAUAAUAAACUUCCUUUCAUUUUGGUCGGAGAUGAAAAGGGCGCUUCAAUAUCAUUGAAACUUUCGCCCAACUUACGACUGCCUUGUAAGCCCCCGAAAAAACAAGAAUUUAUGGAUCAACGCACACUUCAAGUCCUAAAGUUAAAUAAUUUAAUUUCAAUGGCUAGAGAAGCGGAUGAAGGUGAACAACUGGCAAACAUUUCUUUACGCAAAAACUGA